AGACUUUUUCCCAGACUCACCAGAUCGCCUUCGUGGUACCUCUUCUCUAAAUUCUGCUCCCGCUCCCGCAAUCGUUGGAUCACUCCCUCCAAUUGACCAAUCUUUGCAUCUGCUACAUCACCUUUCUGUUUACCACUCGAACCGGAAGCCACAUUGACCGUCUCGAGCUGUAUCUCCAUACUAGCAAUACGGCUCAUGCUUCGUCCCUUGCUUGCAUUUGUAGCUUCAUAUCUUCUUGAAGGCCUUCGAUCGUGGUGUGGAGCAGCAAGCGCUGCUCGAGCAUUUCAGAUAGCUCCGUUCUAUUCUUCUCCAUCGUUUGUCGCAGCUGGGCAAGGUCGUCGAGCAGCUUCUCGAGACUUUUCUGAAGACUGGUUUUCUCAGAGUAUAGCACAGCGUUUUCCAAUUCUUUUUUGGUCAAGGUAGAUUGUAGCAAAGUACGUUCUUCCUUGAGACGA